AUGAAAUCGAAUAUAUCAGUGACUGACAUCAUCAUCGAACGUUGGAUUUCAUAUGGACCACAAGCUAGACGACGUACCAUUGUUCAACGUGCUGCUACUGUUCGACCAUAUCCAGCUCCACGCAAUAUUAUUAUCCAAUACGAAACAGCUCCAGUUCGCAUUGUCCAUCAAUGCCAUCGUCUUGGUGUUGUCCAAGCUAAUUCAGCUGUUUACAUUCAAACAUACAGCGCUACUCUUCUUGAUGCUGCUUCACUUGUUGCACAAGCUCGUGCUGCUGGUAUUGUUGAAAAUAUCUCACCUUCCGGUUAUGUUAGUUAUAGUGCAACCGGAUACAGUCAAGAAUCAUUCGGUGCUUCAUCAGGCUUGGCAGGUGGUGCUGGUCUUAUUGCUGGAGGUGCUGGCCUUGUUACUGGAGGUGCUGAAGUUGUUGAUGCUGGUCUUGCUCUUGGUGGUAGACUCAGGUCAUCAUCAUUCGAAUCAUCAAGCUUCUCAUCUGGUGUUGAUGGUGAAGCUAAUGCUGCUUUCCUUGUUGCUGAUACCAACCUUAUUGAUACCUUUGAUCAAGGAGAAUUUCAUCAAUUCCCUGGUCAAAAUGCUGAAGGAGCCGGCGGUGCAUCAUACGAAUCAUACAAGGGAUAUGUUCCUUUAAGGGCACAAACAACAUUAACUACAACUAGUUUAUGGCAACAACAUUCGAUUGUUCCAACGAGUGCACUAUUAAUUCAACCAUUAACAUUAAUAAAUAAUUUUGAUAAAUAUUGGUGUACUACAACUUAUUAUGAACCUGAUAUUCAAGUUGGUGAAACAUUUAAAAUCCACGAUACAUAUAAAGAAGUGACUAUUGAUGGUGGAACGGAUAUGGCUAUUUCAACAAUAACACUAAAGAAAAAUGGUAAAGUAUUUUUUUUUUGUAAAUUACAUUUUGGUAAAGGUAUUCGUGUUGAAUAUCGAAAUGAAGGUGAUGUAUGA